AUGGGAAUAGAACGACCACCACCAGAAGGAACCGAGGACAUCUGCAGCAAACCGAUGGAUACAGGACCAUGUCGAGGAGCAAUGCGACGAUAUGGGUACAAUCCCUCGACUCGAAGAUGCGAAAUCUUCACUUAUGGAGGUUGUCAAGGCAACGACAACAAUUUCGAGACAGAAGAAGAGUGUGAACGUCGUUGUGGAGGUUCGGAAAUGGGUUCCCCACCAGAAAUAGGAGGAACUGAAGUCACUGCUGGUAUUAGUGGUAUUGGCAGUGUUAGUGGUGAUGUGUGUAGUCUCCCUUCAGAAGUGGGUCCAUGUAGUGACUAUGUUCUUCGAUACGCUUACAACUCCUCCACUGGUCGUUGUGAGAUGUUCUACUAUGGUGGCUGUGAGGGAAAUGGCAACAGAUUUGAGAAUUUGGAGGAAUGCCAACAACGUUGUGAAUCGUCUGUGUCGAGAGACCCGUGUGCUGGAGUUCGUUGUGGUCACAAUGCCUACUGUGUGAGUGGAUAUUGCUAUUGUGAGCAGGGACAUGAAGGUGAUCCGAACGUUGAGUGUCGACCAGUUUCCACACCAGAACGACCACCACCAGAAGGAACCGAGGACAUCUGCAGUAAACCGAUGGAUACAGGACCAUGUCGAGGAGCAAUGCGACGAUAUGGGUACAAUCCCUCGACUCGAAGAUGCGAAAUCUUCACUUAUGGAGGUUGUCAAGGCAACGACAACAAUUUCGAGACAGAAGAAGAGUGUGAACGUCGUUGUGGAGGUUCAGGAACUGGUUCACCUCCAGAGACAGGUGGCACUGGUGGUAUUGGAGGUGGUGUCAGUGGUGAUGUGUGCAGUCUCCCAUCUGAAAUGGGUCCAUGUAGUGACUAUGUGCUGAAAUACACCUACAACACGUCCUCUGGUCGUUGUGAGAUGUUCUACUAUGGUGGUUGUGAGGGAAAUGACAACAGAUUUCAGAAUUUGGCGGAAUGCCAACAACGUUGUGAAUCGACUGUGUCGAGAGAACCGUGUGCUGGAGUUCGUUGUGGUCACAAUGCCUACUGUGUGAGUGGAUAUUGCUAUUGUGAGCAGGGACAUGAAGGUGAUGCGAAUGUGGAGUGUCGACCAGUUUCCACACCAGAACAACCUCCACAACAAAAUGGAGAUGUGUGCAGUCUACCGACUGACACUGGACCAUGUUUUGCAUCAAUGCGUCGUUACGCAUACAACCCAUCUACGAGAAGAUGCGAAAUUUUCACAUAUGGAGGUUGUCAAGGCAAUGGCAACAAUUUCGAGACAGAAGAAGAGUGUGAACGUCGUUGUGGAGGUUCAGGAACUGGUUCACCUCCAGAGACAGGUGGCACUGGUGGUAUUGGAGGUGGAGUCAGUGGUGAUGUGUGCAGUCUCCCUUCAGAAAUGGGUCCAUGUAGUGACUAUGUGCUGAAAUACACCUACAACACAUCCUCUGGUCGUUGUGAGAUGUUCUACUAUGGUGGCUGUGAGGGAAACGACAACAGAUUUGAGAAUUUGGUGGAAUGCCAACAACGUUGUGAAUCGUCUGUGUCGAGAGACCCGUGUGCUGGAGUGCGUUGUGGUCACAAUGCCUACUGUGUGAGUGGAUAUUGCUAUUGUGAGCAGGGACAUGAAGGUGAUCCGAACGUUGAGUGUCGACCAGUUUCCACACCAGAACGACCACCACCAGAAGGAACCGAGGACAUCUGCAGUAAACCGAUGGAUACAGGACCAUGUCGAGGAGCAAUGCGACGAUAUGGGUACAAUCCCACGACUCGAAGAUGCGAAAUCUUCACUUAUGGAGGUUGUCAAGGCAACGACAACAAUUUCGAGACAGAAGAAGAGUGUGAACGUCGUUGUGGAGGUUCAGGAACUGGUUCACCUCCAGAGACAGGUGGCACUGGUGGUAUUGGAGGUGGAGUCAGUGGUGAUGUGUGCAGUCUCCCUUCAGAAAUGGGUCCAUGUAGUGACUAUGUGCUGAAAUACACCUACAACACAUCCUCUGGUCGUUGUGAGAUGUUCUACUAUGGUGGUUGUGAGGGAAAUGACAACAGAUUUCAGAAUUUGGCGGAAUGCCAACAACGUUGUGAAUCGACUGUGUCGAGAGACCCGUGUGCUGGAGUGCGUUGUGGUCACAAUGCCUACUGUGUGAGUGGAUAUUGCUAUUGUGAGCAGGGACAUGAAGGUGAUGCGAAUGUGGAGUGUCGACCAGUUUCCACACCAGAACGACCACCGCCAGAAGGAACCGAGGACACUUGCAGUAAACCGAUGGAUACAGGACCAUGUCGAGGAGCAAUGCGACGAUAUGGGUACAAUCCCACGACUCGAAGAUGCGAAAUCUUCACUUAUGGAGGUUGUCAAGGCAACGACAACAAUUUCGAGACAGUAGAAGAGUGUGAACGUCGUUGUGGUGUUUCUGGAUCUGGUACCACACCAGAGACAGGUGGCACUGGUGGUAUUGGAGGUGGUGUCAGUGGUGAUGUUUGUAUUCUCCCUUCAGAAGUGGGUCCAUGUAGUGACUAUGUGCUGAAAUACACCUACAACACAUCCUCUGGUCGUUGUGAGAUGUUCUACUAUGGUGGUUGUGAGGGAAACGACAACAGAUUCGAGAAUAUGGAGGAAUGCCAACAACGUUGUGAAUCGACUGUGUCGAGAGACCCGUGUGCUGGAGUUCGUUGUGGUCGCAAUGCCUACUGUGUGAGUGGAUAUUGCUAUUGUGAACAGGGACAUGAAGGUGAUGCGAAUGUGGAGUGUCGACCAGUUUCCACACCAGGUAGGUAG